CCUUGUCCUUUCGUUCGUCCUCAGUGCAGGAUAACGAAACAGUAGUUAUAUCAACUAUUAGAGUUUUUAUAUUUACACCGAAACAGCGCUGAGAUCUUUUCCAAGCCAAGCUAGCUUUUUUUUACGUAGUUUGUGAGAGGGUGAUCCGAAGCAUAUCGAGGCUUGAACAGUCGUUGGAAGGAUGGAGACUAUAAUUCGCCGCUGCCCGUUCCUGUCCCGCGUGCCCCAAGCUUUCCUCCAGCAGGCCCGGACGUCCCUGGUGGUCUACGCCCAGAAAUGUCCUGUGAUGAUGGACCUGGCCUCCAAGCCUCUGGCCCGUUCCCUCUGCUCCUCCUCAGCUAGCUUCCAGAAGGCUGAGGACACCGUGACAUCAGCCCAGACAUCAGCCCAGACAUCAGCCGAGAAGGGAGCCAAUGGGGGCACCACCACCAAGCUGCCUCAGGUCCACCCCCACCCCAUGCCCCCCUCUGGCCAGGCCUCGGGGGCCUCCAAGUGCCCCUUCCUGGCGGCUGAGAUGGGCCAGAACAGCGGUGUGGUGCGCCAGGCCAGCAUCCAGCUGCAGGAGGACGUGCAGGAGGUCCGCACCGUCCAGAGAGAUGUGACCCCAGCCCAGGCGCUAGUCAGCAGUUCGUCCAAGCCUGGAGGUUUUGACCGAACCAAUCUGAUGAAGAAGCUUCUGAAGCAACGUCCAACCAGGGUGUCCCAUUUACUGCAGGAGAACAUGCCCAGCUUCUCUAACUUCCACUACGAUGAGUUCUUUGAGAGGAAGAUUGAGGAGAAGAAGAGCGACCACACGUACCGUGUCUUUAAGACGGUAAACCGACGGGCCACUGACUUCCCCAUGGGUGACGACUACACCGAUUCCCUUAGCAACAGGAGAGACGUGUCCGUUUGGUGCUCCAAUGACUACCUGGGCAUGAGCAGACACCCACGGGUCGUCAACUCCAUCACGGAGACGUUGCGGAAGCACGGCAGCGGGGCUGGAGGAACCAGGAACAUCUCUGGGACCAGUAAGUUCCACGUGGAACUGGAACAGGAACUGGCAGAUCUCCACGGGAAGGACGCUGCGCUACUCUUCACUUCCUGCUUCGUAGCCAAUGACUCCACCCUGUUCACCCUGGCCAAGAUGAUGCCAGGCUGUGAGAUCUAUUCUGAUGCAGGGAACCACGCCUCCAUGAUCCAGGGCAUCAGGAACAGCGGAGCCAAGAAGUUUGUGUUCCGUCACAAUGACCCCAACCACUUGAGAGAUCUGCUGCUGAAGUCAGACCCGUCCACUCCAAAGAUCGUGGCCUUCGAGACAGUCCACUCUAUGGAUGGUGCGGUGUGUCCUCUGGAAGAGAUGUGUGACGUGGCCCAUGAGUUCGGAGCCAUCACGUUUGUAGACGAGGUGCAUGCGGUGGGGCUGUACGGCGCUAGAGGAGGAGGCAUCGGUGACCGGGACGGCAUCAUGCACAAGAUGGACAUCAUCUCUGGAACACUGGGCAAGGCGUUUGGCUGUGUAGGAGGUUACAUCGCCAGUACCGACGCCCUGGUGGACACGGUCCGUAGCUACGCUGCAGGCUUCAUAUUCACCACGUCUCUUCCUCCCAUGCUGCUGGCCGGUGCCCGCGAGUCCAUCCACAUCCUUAAAGGGGAGGAGGGCCGCGCCCUCCGGAGGAAACACCAACGCAACGUCAAGCUGCUGAGGCAGAUGCUCAUGGACUCUGGACUGCCCCUCGUCCACUGCCCCUCUCACAUCAUCCCUGUCAGGGUGUCCGAUGCGGAGAAGAACACUGAGGUGUCUGACGUCAUGAUGAGCCGUUACAACAUUUACGUCCAGGCCAUCAACUACCCUACGGUCGCCAGGGGGGAGGAGCUUCUACGCAUCGCCCCCACGCCGCACCACACCCCCCAGAUGAUGACAUACUUCGUCGAGAAGCUGGUUCAGACGUGGAAGGAGUCCGGUCUACCUCUGAAGCCCCGUUCUUCAGCAGAGUGUAACUUCUGCCAGCAGCCGCUGCACUUUGAGCUGAUGACUGAGAGAGAAAAGUCUUACUUCAGAGGCCUGAGCCACCCCAUCUCCGCUCACGCAUGACGACACUACAGAAUACACUCAACCCAAUUCCUCUGUCCUGAAUCCCGAAUCACCCCCUUCCCUCUGCCCUACAGAAUGCGCUUUCACAUGCGCCUCCGCCAUAUGCACAACUGCUCCAAAGCUGAGGGAGUGAAAAUUAUCGAAGGUUAAGGGGGCUAAUUUAGAUUCUCCGAUAGCCACUUCGACCAAGCCAGUGUUUUGGAGUUUGCACAAUUUCAUACAAAAGAAUGGAGAGGCGUGCCUAAUUAUCCGUCACGUUCAUUUUUGUUUUUGUCUUAUUUCAAAGCUUUACACAUGUAACAAAUGGAUUACCUGCCAAAUUAAAUAUUUAACUGUUUAUCUCUUGUAAAACGACGGGAAAUUUGUUCAUUUGAAUUUCGUGUUUGUUUUUUAUUUGAAUGUGGAACAUGAAUUGCAUCAUUCAAGUCAUGAGUGUGUCCUGAAGUUGAUGGGGUUUAUUGAUUCCCUCUCAGAAAGUCUCCCUCAGAGUUUUGUCAGCAACACGUGACAACGGAGGGCCCUCUGAGCGAGUUGGUAGGGGCGAGGCCAGUUGAGGGGGUGGUUUGGCAUUCACCGACUAUCGCUGUCAUAAGCUGUAUUCACAAAUGGUACCAUAUGCCGCGUUCAAAACAACUGGGAACUAUCCGACUUCCGACAUCAGUUCGUUCAAGACAACUGGGAACUCGGCGGGAAAAAAACCUCAGCUCAGACUGGGGAAAAAUUGUUUUGAACGGUCGUCCAACUCAAAGUUCCAAGUUGGAAACUCAGGCAUCUUUCUAGAGCUCUGACUUUCUGACCUGAGGAUCACUGACGUCAUGGUUUGACCUUUUUUUUUUUUUUUCAUGAGUUCCCAGUUGUCUUGAAAGCAACGUUAUUCCCUUUUUACAGUGCCCUACUUUUGUCCAGGGCCCAUUGGGCUCUGGUCAAAAGUAGUGCACUGAAUAGGGUGCCAUUUGUGAUCUAUCCAUAGAAUGUAUAUCUGUCUACAUUGUCUUUUAUAAGUGUCAUAACUUAUUGAGUAUUUCAUGGGCACCAGAUCUUCUAUAUCCCUCAAACUCAUCUCUGGACCUCGAAGCCAGUUGCACUGCAUUUUUUCUUCUUCUCCAUGUUCCCCCUCUAAUCCCAACUAAUCAGGGACCUCGUAGGGUCAGAGUUGAAUACCGCCGGUCUAUAUGGUUGAAAUAAAUUGGAGAGUAAAAGAA